AUGUUUGCGUGUGUAACGCCACUGAGAUUCAAAGUCUUGCUUGUUCAGCCAUUUCUCCAACAAUUUAUAAAGCCACGUCGUUUACGGUUUUCGUGCAGGUUCAAAGACAGUCAGACCAGCAUCAAGAAUGGUGACCCUUAUGUGAUCCAUGAGAAUGGCACGUUGGAGAUCCAUGUGGCCCAGCCGCUUAACAGUGGGAAGUACACCUGCAUUGCCACUAACAACCUGGGGAUCAAGGAGAACCAUGUCUACCUGGAGGUUAAAGAGCCGACCCGUAUCCUGCGGCAGCCAGAGUACAAGGUGGUGCAGAGAGGAAUGAGUGCUGUUUUCGAAUGUAAAGUCAAACACGACCCAUCCCUUGUUCCGGUCAUGACCUGGCUCAAAGACAGCGGAGAGCUGCCUGAUGACGAGAGGUUUGUUGUGGACACGGACUUGGACAGUCUGACCAUCAAAGACGUGAGAGAUGGAGAUGAGGGGACCUACACCUGCAUCAUGAACACCACCCUGGACAGGGACUCAGCCAGUGCCAUGCUGACUGUCAUAGAGGCUACUCCCACUCCAGCUAUUGUCUACGAGAAACCUGACCCUCCGACUGACCUGGAACUGACAGACCAGACAGACAGGAGUGUUCAGCUCACCUGGAUCCCUGGAGACGAAAACAACAGUCCCACACAAAAGUUUUUGAUUCAAUACGAGGAUCUGCUCCACCAGCCUGGAGUUUGGGUCAACCUGACGGAUGUUGCCGGUACCAGCACCACAGCGCAGUUAAGCCUCUCUCCGUAUGUCUACUACUCCUUCCGAGUCCUGGCUCUGAACGACGUUGGCUACAGUGAGCCGAGCCAGCCCUCAAGCCAAUACAGGACCAACCCUGCAGCUCCUGAUGAAAAUCCAUCGAACGUUAAGGGGGAAGGAACAAUGCCUGGCAAUUUAGUCAUCUCUUGGACACCGCUGACAGGAUUUCAGGCAAACGGGCCCGGUCUGGAGUACAAAGUGCAGUGGAGACAGAAGGACGUGGAUGGGGACUGGUCCUCGAAGACUGUGGCCAAUGUCUCCCAAUUUGUUGUGUCUGGAACUCCGACCUACAUACCCUAUGAGAUCAAGAUUCAAGCUUUGAAUGAUUAUGGCAAUGCGCCAGAGCCUGACGUAACGGUUGGAUACUCUGGAGAAGACUUGCCUCUGGCUGCACCUGACAGUGUGCAGAUCAUGGUUCACAACAGCACACUAGCAGAGGUACACUGGGAGCCUGUUGCUUUCCCCUCAGUCAGAGGAAGACUGCAGGGAUACAAGGUUUACUACCGGCGUGAGCGCGGCUUGGACCAGACAGAGGAGGACACGGACCAGCAGGAGCAGGUUUUGACGUUCAGUGGGAAUCGUAGUGAGGGACGUCUUCCAGGGCUCCAACCUUACAGCGUCUACAACCUCACCAUCAGGGUCCUCAACAGCAAAGGAGAAGGGCCUCCUAGCCACAGCAAGAAAUUUGAGACACCUGAAGGAGUCCCAGGGCCUCCUUCUUUCCUGAACGUCAUGAAACCUAGUUUGGACUCUCUCACUCUGGAAUGGGGUCCACCAGCGAGCAACAAUGGACGCCUUGCUGGAUACACACUAAAAUAUCAGCCAGUCAACAACACCAGUGAACUGGGACCGGUCAAGGUCAUGAACCUCCUGGCCAAUGAGACUACCGUCACCCUGGGCAACCUGAACUCCAGCAUGCUCUACAAGUUUUACUUAAGUGCAAAGACAAUCAAGGGCUCUGGCCCCGUCAUCACAGAGGAGGCCUUCACAGUCAUGGACACAAUUCGUACUCAGCCCACUGUAGGGCCGGGCAAAGGCCCUACAGAACCCCCCCACCCAACCUCCCCCAUCACUCAGUCUCCGCAUCCCCCGAUUCACAAGGCGCCACCUGUAGGCCCUGCGUUUGGCACAGUUAACACGUCUGUAUCGGAGGACGGUGCAGUGAUCAGUUGGGAUUACUUUGGACACCAUAGGAAUGUAUAUGUGGAGUAUAUUGUAGAAAACAGUAAAGAGGACUGGAAAAAGGAGUUGGUAAACAGUUCACACUGGCAUAUGAUAAAAGGUUUAAAGCCGGGGACGUCCUAUAAGGUCCGUGUGGUAGCUAGAGACCCGGCUGAUCCGACGGUCCACAGCACAGACGAAGUGUUGAUUGCGGUGCCAGCUGUCCCCAGCCGGCAGGUAGACAUCGCCACCCAGGGCUGGUUUAUCGGACUGAUGUGCGCCAUCGCUCUCCUCAUCUUGGUCCUCCUCAUAGUGUGCUUCAUCAAGAGGAACAAGGGGGGCAAAUAUCCAGUGAAAGAGAAAGAAGAUGCUCACCAAGACCCAGAGAUCCAGCCUAUGAAGGAGGAUGAUGGGACAUUUGGAGAGUACAGUGACACAGAGGAUCACAAGCCGCUGAAGGGCAGCAGGACGCCGUCCAACGGGACGGUGCGCCGUGACGAGAGUGACGACAGCCUGGUGGACUACGGGGAGGGCGGGGAUGGACAGUUCAACGAGGACGGCUCCUUCAUCGGCCAGUACAGCGGCAAGAAAGAGAAAGACACACACGAAGGCAACGAGAGUUCGGAGGCCCCGUCGCCUGUCAACGCCAUGAACUCGUUUGUCUAACGAAGGGGCCACGGCCUGGCUGCGACGGUUGCUACGGCCACUCCUUGUCACCCUGGCAAAUGUGACCAUCUCUGUGUGGUGACAGUUGCUAAGGUGACAGUCGUUGUGGACACCUACUUCUACCAUGGUGGCUGUCACUCCGGUGGCCCCCUCGCCACGGCUACCUGUCACCAAGACUGCUGACACGCCCUCAUCUCCCACACCCGCCAGCCCCUGUCACACUGUGACCUCAUCUGAUCUACACACACUCAACAUGGCCAAGACACCACAUCCCCCCCAUAACCACUGAAAGAAGGUGUGAAACGAGGGAUGUGAGGACUCUGAGAAGAGGGAAGGAGAGAGGAAGCAAUAUAGAAAAGCAGAAGGAAUGUACCAGAGAGUUUUACCACUCAGACUGAGCAGAAGUGUGUGUGUUAGUGCCAUUUGAUCUCCUUCGCUAAACAUGAUGUAUCCAAAUAUAUAUUUUAUCAGAGUACAGAACAUGACCCGCAGGCAGGCAAAUAUGCAUUGAGUCACGUUCAUAAACAUCUGCAUGGAGUAAAUCAUGAUUCUAUUGAGCAUUUUACCACCUUCGUGUUGCAGAGGUGAGCUGUGUGUUGAGACUGUGUUUGGUGCACGCCUACUAGCGACUGGAUAUUCCUUUUAUUGUUUUUGUUUGUUUUCUCUUCAGUCAAAGUGUUAAAUGGCGUAUGAUAUAUAGAGAAAAAAAUGGCGGCAGGAUCUUUGUGGACACUGCCGCGAAAAGUGUGACUCAAAGUAGAAGCUAGCAUAUGUCUUUUUGAGACAGAUGAACUGUUUGUACAUAUGUAAUAGAAUAAGAAGAAAGAUAUAUUUCAAGGUCGGGGUUGUCAAUGUGUAGUCAUUGGAAACCUGGCUAGAAACACUUUGGACUCAGCGUUCAGUCACCAGCCGGCCAGAACUCCCACAUUUAUUCCAAUCCAAUUCUACCCUCAUGUUUUCUCAAACUUGUUCUUGCACGCUUUUUUCCCUUUGCUUCCCUCUCCCGAUCUGUUCCUAAACACCGAGCCUUUGCUUCUCGCUACUGAGCACUAACUGAACAGCUGAGGUUGAUCCACUGUCACUGUCAUGUGCUUCCACUCCAGCGUCGUGGCCACUGUGCACGCCUUUCUUCAAGGCGAUCUUGGUGUUGUCAGAACCACCCGCUGCCCCAGCAUUGUCUCCAUUAGCAUUUCCACUCAUGUACUGGCAGAAAGAAAGGUUAAACACAAUAAAUACACCUGAGCAGGGUUCAGUGAUACUCGCUUUAAUUUCUGGAUGACUCGAUUUUGAUGAUCAAGAACCUCUCAGCACGGUUUCUAGUGCCUUCGUAGAGAACAGUGACAUAGAUCCAUGGAGUUGCAUCCCUCCGCAUACACAGGACAGACCUGGGAUCAGCGCAGUUCCUAAGAGUCCAUGACCAUACUUUGCAUACAGAAUACCACCUCAUAUUGAUCAAACAAAAAAAAAUCUUGGAAAAAUAAUCGCUGUUUCAGAAUUUGCUCCAAAGGGCAAGUUAAAACUAAGGCCUCUUUUUUGGAGCUGUUUGGUCACCAAGUCUGUAAAACAGUUUUUUAAACAUCCACGUGGGCUCAUUAAAGGUAUACUCAGCAGGAAGUGGUUUCUGUUGUUCAUGAACAGUAUCACCAGCCCCAGUUUUUUCCAUCUGGCAUUUUGCUUUGUUAUAUUUGUGCUUUGUUAGUUUGUCUGCAAUUUCUGCAGCUUUCUCUCUGAUGCAUGCUGCUUACAGUCUGGCACCUGGGGCCUCAUUACAGAAACUUCCCAAGUCUGAAAUCCUGUCUUAUCUCAGUUUAGGAUGACAUUAAGGUUUUUUGGUGUGACAGAAACAUGUUUCCAAACUGCAUUUAGGAAAAUAUGUUACAUUAGCUUUGGAUGUGAAGUUGGCUAUUUAGGACCGUCCUAGCUUAGAGAUUUCGGAAGUUAGGAUGGGACAGACUCUGUCCUUCAAAAUACCUGCUAAUAAUGGCGGCAGCACUGUUAGAUUUGUUUGGCACUGAGUGCGUUUACAUGGACAGAUUAAUUCCCUUUUCAUUUGGAAUGAAAGUUCAUUCCUAAUAAAAGUGAUCUU